AUGUCGUCGCGAUCGGCAGCCUCGGGGUCACGAACACCGCAUUCCCAUAGUUCCCGAUCCGAGGCGGCUAACGGCCGCAAGCGAGGCCACGAUGCGACCGAGGGCGCGUCUAAGAAGACGCGGAAGCAGAAACACUCGUUCAAGCCGAGACCGAUCAGUGAUACGGACGAUGCUAUGGACAUCGACAUUCCACCCCCACCAUCUGAGAAGAAACCCGCGCGACGACGACAAUCAACGGCAGCCAAGAUGGCCCGAAUAGCGUCUCCCGCUCCUUCAAGAAUCGCUCGGCAGUUGUCUACCGCUGCUUCAGACUCCGAAGAUGAAAGCGUCUCGAUGGGAGCGAGGAGCACCUUCACACCUGGGCCGAAGAAGUCUGUACCGCAUCUCACUUUCAAGCCGUACAAUCGGCCUCGGCCGAGCGUCGCUCCCCCGCCAUCUCCCGGCCGACCGCGACAAGGUCGAAAAUCCAUCGCUGGGUCGUCACGUUCGGGCCGUCUGUCUAUCCUGGAAGGAAGGCAGUACGUCGACUCUGUCCAACCUUUACCGGUACCAGAUACCCCCGUCCAUCGCAGGAAGCACGAGCCCAGGAAGAGAGUCACGGAAGCUCGACCCUCGCUGGGACUGAGGGGACAGCGCGGAUCGACAUCGUUUGGCCGCGGCGAACCGACGUACCCACAUUCCAGCGUGCAACCGCACCAAUUCCACAGGCAUAUUCCCGUGGAGCUCCCGGACCCCGUGAAAGUGCGAUGGCUCGUGUCAUGGUGUGCUAAGCGAGCUUACGAAGAACACACCUCGAAGGGAAAAGUGCGAGCUCGUGAUCCUGAAGCCGACCGACUGCUCGGAGAUGUCAUCGACCUAUUUGUCGCCAACGUCGCCAAGGGCGACAUUGACACGAAUAUAUAUGACAGCGACCCCACCUCCGCAUCAACUUCGAACGGUGUCCGACCCCACGAGAGAAAUGUCGAGAACCGAGCGACCAAAGCGAAAGAGGAAGGCAUCAUCAAGCGGAUGAAAGCUGAGGAUCGGGAUUGGUCACGGAUAGCGGCCCACGCCAACGCCGAGCAAGACCGUGUGAUCAGAAGCCUGCGGACGAAGGUCGCCCACCCAGAGGAGCCGGUGUUGUCAGGCUGGUUUGCGGACGCAUGCCGGAUCACGGACGGCAUCAUGGCAAUGGGAGACGAGGACAUCGGGACAGCCGCGGACUUCACCGAAGUCGAAUACGAAGUCGACACUCUCCACCAGAGCACACAUCAAGCUGCCGCCUAUGCUGCACAAGCACGGCGAUUCCUGGACGGCAUCUACGCCUCCCUUGCUUCCGACCUGCGCAAGCAAGGUGCCCCACCGGGAGACGAUGACCGCGAAGAGCCCGCGUCCGCUGUCGAAAGUGCAGUGGGCGGCCCCGCUCGCGAACCUCAGAGAGACCCAAUUCACAUGCUCCGUGCGCUUGCGGCUGCCGAUACCAAAUCACAAACCCCCGACACUGUUGCCAAGGCAGCAAGCGUGGCAGUUGCACCGACUCCUGCCACUUCGACUCACACGCCUCGGAGACCCCAACCGGCCACUACUCCGCGAAGAGCAGUUUACGGACAGCGGACUCCCGGAGCCCCUCGAUGA